GCGGCUUUACGGCUUGUCGCAAACUCUCCGCCCAUUGCGGCGGCCGCCGCGCAGCCGUAAAGCGGAGCCGCCCGCGCCCCCCGCCCGGCUGGCAGCAGCGGCUGGCGGCAGCAAUGGCGCACGUGGGCCCGCGGGUGGAUUACCUGGCCGGGUUCUGCUGCCCGCCGGGGGGGCUGGCGGCCGGCAAGCCCCGGGUCCUGUGCCACGCCAGCGAGAUCUACCUGUCCAACGGCAGCGAGUUCGUGUACGUGUACGACCAGGAGGGGAAGGUGCUGAAGGCCGUGUACCGAUGCCCCGAGCAGGUCUGGCACAUGGAGCUGCUGCCCCAGCCCCGCCAGCUCUACAUCCUCUGUGCCCACAGCGGGAUUUACUGCGUGUCCCUGGAGCAGCAGAGCAGGUUAAUGGAGCAGACGGAUGGUGACGGCCAAGAAAGCAAUUGCCCAUCCGGCGUUCUCCCCGUGGAUUCGGACGCCUGCAUCUUCCCAGACGCCAGCCUGUGCAUGUUCACUCUGCUCAACAGCUUCGUCGUCACCUUGUCCCGGGCCCACGGCAAGUGGUGGAUGAAGCUGCACGAGCUGCAGGGCCCCGAGCACGAGACCCCCCCGUACCGGCAGGUCAGCGAGGUUGGCUUCUGCCCCGGCCCCCCGCCUGGCGAUGAGGGCGAUGGGACCCCCUCCCACUUCCUGCCCGUCCUGUGCUGCGCAUCCUCCCCAGGCACCCUGGGCUCCGGGGAGGGGCUGUGGUGCUCGGGGGGCUUCGUGUUGGAGGAGCCCCUCUUCAGCCUGCUCUUUGGGAUCGACGUGGCCAUGCUGGAGUCCCCGAUGAUCCUGUGCGGCUUCCCGGAUGGACAGCUCUGCUCCGUGCCGCUGAAGGCCCUCAGCUCCUCGCCUCCCCUCGACGGCUGCCACGACGUUUCCAAGCAGGACCCUCCGGUGAAGAUCCUCCAUCACCUGGAAGAGCCCAUCGUCUUCAUCGGGGCCUUGAGGACGGAGCGGAGGGCGGCCGAAGACGCCGAGGACGAGCAGCUCUUUGGAGACACCGGUUGUGACUGCGUGGUGGCCGUGGGGCACUACGGGAAGAUGGUGGCUGUGAAGGCGGAUCAGAGGGAGGAGGCCACGGUACCGGAGCUCAGGGAGUACUGCCUGCGCGGGCCCAUCCUGUGCGCUGCCUGCGGCAGCGGCAGCCGCAUGUACUACAGCACCCACUCGGACAUCUCCGCCGUCGACCUGGACUGGGUGGGCGACUCCUCCGACCCCGAGGACGCGGAGAGCAGCACCGGGGUCCUGCCCCCCGUCCUCUCUCCGGCCAGUUUAAGUAUCUGUAGCGUUGUGGCUCUUUCCUUGUCUUCUCGGGCGUCAGAAGGUGAAUCCGAGCUCUUGGCCCUGUCUGCCAAAGGCCGCCUCAUGUCCUGUGGCUUAUGCAGCCCCGAGGAGCCCGACGGGGAGCUGACACCCGCUGAGAUUGGCCGGAGGAUUAAGGAGCUGCUGUCUGGGAUCGGCAACACCUCGGAGAGAGUUUCCUUCCUGAAGAAAGCAGUGGACCAAAAGAACCGAGCCCUGGCCAGCCUGAACCAGGUGAUGAACGUGAGCGCGGCCUUGCUCUCCAGCCAAGAAGGCCAGAAGCCCAUUGCUUGCACUGUCACUGCCAACUGGAGCUGCCUCCUGCUCCGAGACACCGUCACCAUCUCCUGCCUGCUGGAGAACUGCAGCGAGUACAGCCUGGAGGAGGGCUGGACCCUCUGCGUUCAGCUCCUGGCCAGCCCCUGUGCCUUAGAGGAGGAAUCUGCGGACGCAGCCACCACCUUCACCUUCCCCAUCGACCAGCUCCUCCCUGGCAACAAGAGGGAGCUGACGCUGCCCCUCGGCUCUGCUGCCGACGCCAAGCUGGACCUGCCUCUGACCAUCUCCUGUGCCCUCUACUACAGUUUACGGGAUAUUUUGGGCAGUGGCUCCGACUCCUCCGAGGCCCUGGAUGAUUUCCUGCCCGACGACUCGCCCCUGCUCUCCCCGGACAGAGAGGGCAUCUGCCUGCCCCUCAGCGAGUGCACCAUUGACAUGCUCCAGUGCCUGCGCUUUAAGAGCAGCCCCCCAGGGACGGACCCCUCCCCACUGACCCCUGCACCCCCAGACCCUGUGGAGACCUUCUUGAAAGUGGCCCUGGAGCAGACUGAGCCCAAGGGGGGCAAGGAUGAGGAGCAGCCGCCCGCCCCGGGAGAGGGGAACCUGCCCCCGUCGGCAGCAUCCAUCAGGGUGUCCUCGGAGCUGCUGAAAACCGCGCUGAAAGCCUCUGACUCAGAGGUGCCCCUGAGCUGUGCCACGCUGCGCUGGCUGCUGGCCGAGAACACCGGGGCCGAGGCGCUGAGCAGCGGGACCGUGACAUCGGUGCGCGGCGCGGCUCCGGACGGAGGGGAGCUGCAGCUGCUCGUGCGAGAGGUGUCCAUGAACGACCUCAGCCCCACGGGGCCCAUCCAGGCCGUGGAGAUCCUGGUGGAGAGCCCAUCCUUGGCUGACGUGUGCAGGAUGCACCACGCCGUCAUCCGGCGCAUCCAGGCGCUGGUGCUGGAGCAGGCAGCGCAGGGCUCGGGGCCCCCUGACCUCCGCAUGCAGCACCUGCGCCAGAUCCAGGCCAACCACGAGACCCUGCUGAAGGAGGCGCAGACCCUCCGGGAGCAGUCGCCCCAUGGUGAGGAUGGAGCCGCCAUGGCUGAGAAGCUCCUCCAGAUCUACCAGCAGCUGCGGAACCCCAGCCUUGUUCUGCUCUGAGCAGCGGGGUGACCCCGACCCCGCCGGCCGGGGCGGGUGCCCAUGGGACAGCGGCGAGGAGGGACCCCCACCGGAGGAGGAGCAGGCCCGGGCGGGCGGUGAGGCCCCGGGUGGCUGCGG